AUGCCGCCGCAGCUCACUGAAAGAAUCACCGUAGCGGUGUCAACCAAAGACUACAGUCCUCGGAAAAGAUGGCCACUUUUGACAUCAAAGAAAGGGCAACUACAAGAUCAUCAUCCAACCACUACUUCUACUCCUCCAGAUGAUUAUAGUUCACUUCACGUCAAAGAUCGAACGUCCAGUCACCUCCGCAAAAAUCAGAUGAAGCUAGCUGACUCAAGAACAUUAAGAUUCGACGAACCUGAACUUCAAGACCGACAACAAGUGGUGGUUGAAAUCCAGCUUGAGAUGGACCAGCUCAUUGGGAAACCAGGACUUGUUUUGGAACGAACCAGAGGGACAACUCUACUCCUGGUCAACACGAUUCGAGAAAAAGGGUGGUUUACGUCCACUGCGCUUCGAGUUGGAAUGGCCGUUCUAUCUGUCAAUGGUGUUCCAAUGGCUGGCCGCACUCCUUCCAAAGUCAUCAAGGCGCUCUGCCAGGCACAAGAUGAGGGGAAGCUAUCACUUGUGGCAGGCUGUUAUACCAAGCCGGAAACCAACAAAUGUCCCCCAGAAAAGGAUGAGUCAAAUAUUGCGGAAUGUGGAAGUAUCGAAGUGAAGUUGACCAAAGAUAAUGUUGCCAUUGAAGGUUCUUCUUCUACUACUUAUAAUGUGCCAAGAUAUUCUCGAUUACACACAAUUGUCACAAAGAAGACAAAAGAAGAUGUCUUUGGAAUUACAUUCCGAAAGAACGCCAGAGAUGCACCUCUUAUCAUCAAAUCAUUUGCGAAAAAAGGAAAGUUUCAAGGGUCAGAACUUUGUCCUGGAAUGGUUGUAAUUCAAGUGAACGAGAAGGAUGCAACAUGGAUGAAUCCACGAGAAGCCGUCGAAGAACUUCAAAAUGCUGCGCCAGGUGAAGUAUCCAUCACUACCGAAGGCUACACUGGGAAGGCUUUCAAAGCUAUCGCCGGCGAUUCGCUCGGCCUUUCAGUGACCAGUUCUUCGUCUCGCGAAGGAGUCUUUAUUGUUGGCAUUGACCCAGCUUCCGAGUUUGCAAGGUCCGAAUUGCGCGCUGGAAUGCAAGUUAUUCUCAUCAACGGAAAGCCUUGUCCACUCAAGGCAGAGGAUGCAGUGGAUCUAUUGGAUGGAACCGAAGGGGAGGUUACCAUCCUUGCUACUUUAGCCUUUCUGGACGGCGACAACAUCACAGUGUCCGAUAUGACAUGCGACUCGGAGCAUGAUGUACAUGAAAGUAUGAUGAAUACCAUUGGAGCCGACUUCCAAAAAGAUAACUUGCAAAGUCCUCGACCAGAAGAAGAAGUCAUGAUACUGAGAAAGCUUCCAACAAGACGGAAGACGACUGACGCCAUGCUCUCCUCCCAUCCAAUUGUGAGCUGUUUUGGUGGAUCAAUGCCAAAGAAGGAUCCAAGAAAGCAAAGAAGUGAGCUCGUGCACAUCUCUUUGCAGAAAGAACUCCGAAAGACCAAACCAGGGAUUGUCCUUUCUAGGAAAAAGGACAGUUUGGUGGUCAAGGAAAUCCGCAAGGACAGUUGGUUCUCGAAAACCGCUCUUGAAGCGGGCAUGGUUCUACUUGCCGUUGACAACAAGUCCGUUGUUCAGAAGGAUGUCGAACACGUCUUCAAGCUUUUCCAAGAAGCCAGAAAGUCGGGACGAAUGCUACUAACAGCAAGAAAAGGUGAAAACGGAAUACACCAAGAUCAAAGGCUAUCCCGAAUCCAAGCAAUUGCAUACAAGAAAACACCUACUGCACCGAUUGGAAUUACAUUUUCACGGGCUGACUCGACAUCUCCACUGGUCGUUAAGGAAAUUUCUGAGACUGGCAUCAUGAAAGGCAGCAUGAUCCAACCUGGAAUGGUUGUAUUGCAGAUCAAUGGUCGGCGUGCCUCAUGGCUCCUCAGCCCUGCGGAAGCAUCCGCAGCUAUUCGACAUGCACCGGUAGGGCGUAUCUCUAUUACAGCAGAAGGCUUCUGUGGAACGGCAUACAAGUCGAGGCGAAAUGAAGGAUUCGGUUUGAUUGUUAAGAACUCAUCGAGUCGUGAAGGACUAUUCAUCUCGCAUAUCAAGGAGGACAGUCCAUUUGCUUUCUCUCCAUUGAAACCAGGUAUGCAGAUCCUUAUGAUCAACGGUAAGCCUUGUCCCUCUACUCUGAAAGCAACCGGCAAACUACUACGAAAGUCUGGUGAGAAGGUGGAAAUUUUGGCGACAUCAGCCUUCCAAGAGGGAUUCAAGGUGACGGUGGAUGACUUGGCAUCCCGACAAGAAGGUCCAUUCUUGGACAGCUAUUUCAAAUGCCUUGUGUUCGACUUCGACUAA